CUCCCCUCUCUCUCACAUCCACAGGCUUUAUUAUAACACGCAGUUUAAGUGCAGCCUGCUUAGCCGCCAUACAGUUUCAUGUAGCCUUAUAAAAAGGUGGCUCUUGUUGGUGUCAUCCUAGCUGAAACACUUAGCGCAACUAGACAUUUUUAAAAGUACCUCAGGUUGAAGGGGAACAGCUCCACCAAACAACUGCAAGCUAACAGUAGCAUUAGCGGAGGAUACUGUGCGGUGCAGCUGGCUCACUCACGCAGCUAGCUAAAGGUGCAGCUGUUGACAGGCAGCAAGCAACUCCACACAAACUGCACCGGCUCUCCGUCCAUCCCGCCGGAGUAACGUCUGCGGCCGACAGGGGGGAUAUGAACGAGCUGGUGAAGAGUUUGCCCUCCCCGACUCUCCCGGGACUCCACCUGCCGUGUUUGGACACCCACAAAGGCUGGCUCUUUAAAUGGACCAACUACCUGAAGGGCUACCAGCGGCGGUGGUUCGUCCUGAGUAACGGCCUGCUGUCCUACUACAGGACUCAGGCAGAGAUGGCACACACCUGUCGGGGCACCAUUCCCUUAGCAACAGCGCACAUCGAGGUGGGUGACACCUGCCACUUAGUGUUAACCAGUGGAGGCCGAAGCUACCACCUGAAGGCCACCUCUGAGGCAGAGUGUCAGCGAUGGGUGUCAGCCCUGCAGCAAGCUAAGGCCAAUGCAACUCUGCUGAUGCACCACUCAGAUGACUCAGGAGAUGAAGGGCCUGUACCUCAGGAGGACCGAGCCCUAACCCAAGGGGUGCUCAAGAAUCUGGCCGGCAAGCUAGAUGACCUGAGCACCUGUAAUGAGCUGAUCGGAAAGCACGGCGCCGCCCUCCAGCGCUCCCUCAGUGAACUUGAGGAGCUGCGUGGAUCCGCUGACAGCACAGACAAAGUGAAAACUGUUAAUGAGCGAGCAACCCUUUUCCGCAUCACCUCCAAUGCUAUGAUCAAUGCUUGUCGUGACUUUCUGGAUGUAGCAGAAUCUCACAGCCGGAGGUGGCAAAAGGCCCUGCAGUAUGAGAGAGAACAGCGUCACCAUCUGGAGGAGACCAUCGAACAGUUAGCCAAACAGCACAACAGCUUAGAGAGAGCCUGGAGGGAGAAUCCCACCUCAUACACAGGUGUGGAGCGGUCUCAGCAGGGGGAUGCGAGUGAUGAGAAUGAUGAGGCAGAGUUCUUCGAUGCCAUGGAGGACUCCCCUGCAUUCAUAACUGUGACUGCUAGCAGCAACAUACAGCACAAGCGCUCAGGAAGUAAUCAGAGUAUGAUGAGUGGAGGAAUGUCCAAUGACUGGACUCACAAUGAGAACGACACCUCAGGCACAAACCACAUGCAGCUACGAAGAACAAGACGCAGUCGUAUUCCUGACAAACCAAAUUACUCUCUUAACCUGUGGAGCAUCAUGAAGAACUGUAUUGGCAAAGAUCUUUCCAAGAUACCCAUGCCUGUAAACUUCAAUGAGCCAUUGUCAAUGCUGCAGCGUCUGACUGAGGAUCUGGAGUACAGCGAGCUUCUGGACCGGGCAGCUCGCUGCGACUCCUCUUUGGAGCAGAUGUGUCUGGUGGCUGCCUUUUCUGUCUCCUCCUACUCCACCACAGUCCACCGUACAGCCAAGCCCUUCAACCCUCUUCUGGGGGAGACUUUUGAGCUAGAUCGACUGGAUGAGUAUGGUUAUCGCUCCAUCUCUGAGCAGGUCAGUCAUCACCCACCCGCUGCUGCCCACCAUGUGACAUCACAGCGAGGAUGGACGCUGUGGCAGCAUAUCACUAUUGAUAGCAAGUUUCGUGGGAAAUAUAUUUCUGUCAUGCCAUUAGGAAACAUCCACUUGCAGUUCCACUCAAGCGGCAACCACUAUGUGUGGAGCAAAGUGACUUCAACGGUGCACAACAUUAUUGUGGGAAAGCUUUGGAUUGAUCAGACUGGGGACAUUGACAUUGUAAAUAACACUACCAAGGACACCUGCCGUCUCAAAUUCUCCCCCUACAGCUACUUCUCCAGAGAAGUCCCACGUAAAGUGACAGGAGUGGUGGAGGACAGAGAGGGCACAGCCCAUUACAUCCUGUCAGGAACUUGGGACGACAAGAUGGAGAGUGCCAAAAUAGUGGACAGCAGUCACGGAUGUGGAGGCUCUGAAGGCAAACAGAAGACAGUUUAUCAGACUCUUCAGCCCAAAUUGUUGUGGAAAAAAUAUCCUCUCCCAGAUAAUGCAGAGAACAUGCACUUCUUCUCGUCCUUGGCUCUGACUCUCAAUGAACCAGAGGAGGGUGUAGCACCCACAGACAGUCGUCUGCGGCCAGACCAGAGGCUAAUGGAGGCAGGCCUGUGGGAUGAAGCGAACGUCCAGAAGCAGCGUCUGGAGGAAUGUCAGAGGCUGGAGAGGAAGAGAAGGGAGGCGCAAGCCAAUCAGGCCCUGGAGGAAGGGCAAGACAUUGAGGGUUACCAGGCACUAUGGUUUGAGAAGAGAACAGAUGAAUCAACAGGAGAAAGCACCUAUGUCUACAGGGGUGGCUACUGGGAGGCCAAAGAAAGACAGGACUGGAGCCAGUGUCCUGAGAUCUUUUAGGACAAAGGUUCCCCCAUCAGACUGGCUGAGUAGCUCCUCCUGGUGUAAGGAUACCCUGUGAGUUAUAUAUUUGUGUGUGAAUGUGUGUGAAGCAGCUAGUGAAAGUAGCCAUCACUCCCAGAAUUUCAAGCACAAAACAUGCUCCUGCUUCCACUUAUUGAUCCGCUCUUUUCUGCUGUAUCGUAACUUGUGUUUUCAGAGUGCAUGGCCUCAGUUGGUGUGCAUUGUGCGUUUGCUUAUACAGCACUGAGAAGAACUAGUUGAACUAGGCAUGAGUUGAGUGCUCAUGUGUGUCAUUGUGUGUGUGGGGCUUACAUAUUGACAGAGGAAAUACUUCCAUGCCAAAACACACAUUUCCAUUGUUAUGUUAAUGGAUAUCUUUGGGGCACAGAGUGGUACAAGAACUGAAUUUCCUGAAAACAUGUUCCUCAUGUGGGGCUCUAACAGAGACAGAACUUUGUUUAUUGAUCCCCCUGGUUCUUGGGGAUUUUUGUUAUUCUACUUCUUGAAAAUAAACUGCAUCUUCAAGGAUUUACACUUUUUGUCCAGUCUUGGACAAAUUUGUAACAGCUGGCCCUGUGUUACAAACCGGGGGCAAAGGGUCUACCUGAAGACGCUGUGAAGCUGCAUGAAAUGUUGGAUCCAGUAUUUUUGGGGCUUUGCCCGUCCUAAGGACUAAACGGACAUCUCGACCUCUGCUGCAUCUAUUUUAACCACGUUCUUUCAAAUUUGUCUCUCACAAGUCGCCAACUUUAUGGAAGCGCAAUAGUAAAUCGCUGGCUUACCACUUCACACCACAAUUUUCUGACUGAUUUCCCUCUUACUAAUAAAUUUGCUAAGCCUGGCGGAUUCUUGAGCGAGGGAUUAUAUUGGUGCUCAGUUUUAGCCUUAAUUAUGUAUUGAAGUAGUAAUUCCCUAGUAAUCACUGCAUCUAAACUCAUAGCUAUGCUAUGUUUUUCUUUUGAGGGGACUAAUAUGUGUACUUUAAGGUGACUUUUAUUUUGUUUAAAAUUGACUCAAAAUGUCAGGGUUUAUCAUCUUGGUAAGUAGCAACAAACUUGUUUCCCCUAGUUAAAGCAGUUGAAAUGGCUAGCUCUGUGAGCGAUUUCUAUCUAAAAAAUUGUGUUGCGUUAUAUGGACAUGUCAGCGAUAACACCACUGCACAAUCACUUGAGAGGAACCCACUCCCAAGUCAGAAAGGUGUUUUAUGCGGCAGGAAAUCUAUGUUUUAGUAACAGUAUUCCAUUAGUUCAAUGCUGGUUAUGUAAAGAAAUCUGACUAUACACUUAAAUCAAGCCCCACAAACCAAUUAAAGAAAAGUUUAACAAUACAUGAGCUAAUGCUUUUGUGUGGAAGCAAACACUAGUGUAGAUUAGUAGUAAAUAUACAUGCUGUAACCAAUAAUAACCUAUUUAUUUAUUGUUUUCAGCUCACUGUGUAUGACACCAUGUAUGACUGCCUGAUUGUUUUUGGCUUGUAUAUAGCAAUAAUAGAAAUAGAAUCACCUCAUUUAUAAUCACUAUAAGAAAUAUUGGUUCACAUUACUUGAACAUUCACAUUUUGGCCACUACUUAAACUCUGUUUGUGUAUAUAUUAUAUUAAAUAAAGCUAAAAUUCCACACCAGUUAAUGAGAUGUUGGGGAAAUAAAAUUCUGAAUAUAGGUUUAUAAGAUAGUAUACAAUACUGCAGAUAAGGUGUUGUUCAAAUAAAGCACAAUGUUAUGUUUA